ACCUUAAAGUUUCCAAAAAGGCAUGCCAAAAAUUGAAUUUGCAGUCCACCAUCGAAAGGAAGAAAAAAAUAAAAAAAGAAAAGAAAAAAAGAUAGACCAUUUGUGGGCAUCAAUGCAAGUCUUCCCAAAACCCUUAGCUCUCAAAUACCGAAAUGUCCCAUCUUUUCUUCUUCCUCUUUCUUGGGUUAAACUUAGUGUUCCCAAACUCCAUAGUCAGUAGUACCCAUGAAGCUUUGGGUAAAGCAGUUUGUCCACUGAAUAUAAACCAUUUCAGAAAACUCAUCAUCCAAAGCUCUCAACCACUUCAAUUGCUAAGUGAAGCAGCUGAAUGCCAGUAUGUGCUUCAAGGAAUCCGUCUCCUUCGGUCUCAGUAUCUUCGAGUCAGUGGCAACUUUACUCUUCCUCCGGAUGUAGCCGAGGUUUGCUGGGACUUGUUUGGUAAUCUAUUUGACGAAUUCAUGCCAAGGUUGAGGAUUGAAUCCACUUGUGGGUUCAAAAGGAGUUUGCUUUCACAGGUUUGUAAUAAUAUCAAAAAUAGUUCCCAGUUUGAACGCCUGCUUUCGCCAAAUGAAUUGAAUCAAAUAAGGGGGUCUUGUUAUAAGUCUUUGGGGAAUACUUCUCUUUGCCAUUUGUGUGUGGAUCCAUUGUUGAGUAUCAACAAGGCUUACUUUAAUGUACCUGAUGGUGGGAAUGUUACAGAUUGUGAAGGAUAUCCAUUUAUAUAUGCUGCUGCAUUUGCUAACAGGUUUGGUCCAACUGAUUUAGGGACCGCCAAGUGUUUGUUUUUGCUCGAUUUCAGUAGGACAAGCGCCAGAUCCGAACCCCACAAGGCGGUGAUUCUCGGGGUUCUGGUGGGCUGUUUGCAUGGCUUUGUUGGGGCUGUCUUGGUGGUGUGGUGUGUUUGGAUGUGGCACAGUAGAAGGACCAAGAGGAAGAGGACAAAUUUGACUCAACUUGGGACAACCUCACUUCCAGGGAUGGAAAUGGUUGAUGGAAAUACUGCUUUACGAAGGUUCACUCUUGAUGAAAUAAAAAGAGCUACAAGGAAUUUCUCAAGGGAUAACAUUAUUGGGAUGGGAGGAUAUGGGAAUGUUUACAAAGGGAUAUUGGAAGAUGGGUCUGAAGUUGCAUUCAAAAGGUUCAAGAACUGCUCUGCUGCUGGGGAGGAAGCUUUUGUCCAUGAAGUGGAGGUCAUUGCCAGUGUUAAGCAUGUAAAUCUUCUAGCUUUGAGAGGCUACUGUACGGUGACAGGGCCUUUUGAAGCACACCAGAGAAUAAUAGUGUGUGAUUUGAUGCGAAAUGGUAGCCUUUAUGACCAUCUUUUCGGAUCAGGGAUGAAGAAGCUUAGUUGGCCUAUUCGUCAAAAGAUUACUCUUGGAAUGGCUCGUGGAUUAGCUUAUUUACAUCAUGGUGUGCAGCCUGCUAUCAUACAUAGAGAUAUCAAAGCUAGCAACAUACUUGUAGAUGAAACAUUUGAGCCAAAACUGGCUGAUUUUGGCCUCGCAAAGUUUACUGCUGAGGGAUUGACACAUUUGAGCACCAGAGUAGCUGGAACACUUGGUUAUGUUGCUCCAGAAUAUGCCUUGUAUGGGCAGCUAUCCGAAAGAAGCGAUGUUUACAGUUUUGGGGUUGUGCUUCUUGAGAUUUUGAGUGGUAAAAAGGCAAUUAUCCCGAAUGACCAUAGCUAUGAAACUUUGCUUUUGACAGAUUGGGCUUGGUCACUAGUAAGAGAAGGUAGAUUAUUGGAUGUCAUUGAGGAAGCCAUGCCCGAGUUAGGCGCAAAGGAUGAAAUAGAGAAAUAUGUUCUUGUGGCAAUUCUUUGUUCUCAUCCGGUGGCAUACGCUAGGCCAACAAUGGACCAGCUCGUAAAGAUAUUGGAGAAUGAUUGUCCAGUUCCCUCAAUCCCUGAUCGUCCAUUUCCUCUUUUAGCCCAUUUUGAUGAUAAGGAGAUGUCAAUGAGCAUCACUGGCUUAAGGGACACGCCUAAGUCUGCUGAGCAGCAUACACUUGUCCAUAAGAGUGAUCACCCUGUUCAAAAUGACGGGGAUAAAGGGGUUAUUUCAGAAUCAUAGAUUUCUUUGAAUAAGAAAGGUUUGAUUUUUUACCUAUGGCAUACCAAAUCUGUGCUUCUAUAUGUUAAGAAACAAGUGACUGAAAAUAUAUUAUUUUUUAAAUCAACUUAUAC